CAAAAUGCUGGUAGGGGAGGAAUGAGAAGAAUCCAAUUUGUAGACUCUCUACACUUACGAGGGAAAUAACCGUGCCAUGAUGGCGCUGAUUGCUGCUCAGUAUAACAACGUGUAUAUUCACGUCCCUAAGUUCGAAAUGGGAGUGGAGAACAAAUCUGAGGAGUUUUUGAAGAUGAACCCCAACGGAAAGGUCCCCGUUCUGAAGACCCCUGAAGGAGCUAUCUUUGAGUCCACUGCUAUUGCUCGUUAUGUUGCUCGCAUGCGAAACGACACCGGACUGCUGGGACGCACCUUCUUCGAGGAGGGAAAGGUCGAUCAGUGGAUUGACUGGGCUACCUUUAUCAUGGGAUUUGCUCCCCCAAAUCCCAAGAUGGUCGAACAGUCGAAGGAGGCCCUCAAGAGACCUCUGGCUGCCCUCAACACCUACCUGGCCUCUCAUACGUUCCUUGCUGGAGAGAGAAUCACUCUUGCCGAUAUUGUGGUUGUCUGCCAGCUGCUGUACGGCAUGAAGUUCCUCUUUGCUCCUGAGUACAGAGCUCCCUAUCCUUCCGUGAUGCGUUGGUUCGAGACCUGCGUGAACCAGCCUCAGUUUGCCUGCGUGAUGGGUCCUGUGGAUCUGGCCACCGAGCAGAUGGCUCUUCCUGCUGCCCCGAAGAAGGAGAAGGCGAAGAAGGAGGAGAAGCCUAAGAAGGAGGAGAAGGCGAAGAAGGAAGAGAAGCCCAAGGAGGAGAAGCCCAAGGAGGAGAAGCCGGCUGCGAGCCAGGCAAAGGCGAAGAACCCGCUGGAGCUUCUGCCGCCGUCGCCGUUCGACCUGGACAACUGGAAGCGCAUCUACUCGAACACGCACAGCGACUUCUACUCGGUGAUGGACAAGUUCUGGCCGAUGUACGAUCAGGAGGGCUGGUCGUGCUGGAUCUGCGACUACAUGUACAACGAGGAGAACACGCGUGGAUUCAUGACCGCCAACCUGGUCUCCGGAUUCAUCCAGCGCUCCGACUCCCUCCGGAAGUACGCGUUCGGCAACAUGAACAUCCUGAAGGACGCCAACGAGCCCUUCUAUCGCGUGAUGGGAGGCUGGCUGAUCCGCGGAACCGCCAUCCAGCCCAUGCUGGACGAGAACCCCGAUGCCGCCUACUACAACUGGAGAAAGGUCGAUGUCACCAACGAGGACGAUAAGAAGCUCCUGGCCGACCUCUGGUGCGCGUCGGAGACCAUUCAGGGAAAGGAGAUCAACUCGAACGAGGUCUUCAAGUAAGUCAGCAAGCAGGCACGGAAUUGACACUUUUUGGUUG